UCAUGGGUCUUCCAGCAGGACAAUGACCCAAAGCACACUUCAGAAAGCACUACAAAAUGGUUUGAGAGAAAGCACUGGAGACUUUUAAGUGGCCAUCAAUGCGUCCAGACCUGAAUCCCAUAGAACACCUAUGGAGAGAUCUGAAAAUGGCAGUUUGGAGACUACACCCUUCAAAUUUCAGAGACUUGGAGCAGUUGGCCAAAGAAGAAUGGUCUAAAAUUCCAGCAGAGCAUUGUAAGAAACUCAUUGAUGGAUACCGGAAGCGGUUGUUCGCAGUUAAAGGUUGUGCUACCAAGUAUUAGGGUGAGGGUGCCAAUACUUUUGUCUGGCCCAUUUUUUGAGUUUUGUGUUAAGUAAUAAUGAUUUUUUCCCCCCUGUAUUUAUGAUGAUCAAAAACUACACUUAAGAUUGUUGAUGGUUUGCAUGGAGGUCAGUGUUUAAUCAGUUGAAGUAGUAGCAGCCCUUCUGUAACAUGGUUUUUCAAGAAUAGAUCGUGUUUUGAGAACCUUACUGUGGCUAUCGCUUAUUUUACUAUGUAAUUAAGCUCUUCGAACUUGUGCCAAAGUUAUGGGCAGAAAAGCAUCUUGGCAGUUUCGUAUUUACCGAAACCUUACAGAAGCACCUCGUAAGAAAACAAUCCCCUAUUUCUUUCUAUUAUUCUAUUAAAUUGGAAGAUGUCCAGUAGUUUCCAAUUACCACACUAAUUUUCUCUCUGCCUCUUUUCAUCUCUCUAGUGCACAACUUCCCUUCGGGGAGCUAUUGUUUACCUCCACUGUGGAGCAUCUGGUCUGUGUGUCGUCAUUGCACUGAGUCAUCACUCCAUCAUAAGGCUGCAUAAUAAACUAACGCGUGAUUAAGAAGGGGUUACGUCUGACUGUUAUGAAUACUCUCAUUUCCCUUUCUACACAUAAUGACACAUUAGUGCGAGAGAAAAGGAGUACGUGCCUAAAACAAGCAAACCUUUUCAGCUGACCAACCGCUGAACCAAAGCUUAUUUGCGAAACAAGCAAUUUACACAUAUUUGACAAGAUCAAUGCAUGCUGCAAUCGAUUGAGUUCAAUUAGGUCAGUCUAGAAAUUUGAGAUGUUCCCAUCCAGACAUGGAGUGUAACUUUGGAAGACAUAUGAUAAAAUACACAAUACAUCAUAAAAAACAGGAAAUUCCCUGUUUCCACUUAAGGUUACUGACCUAUGGAGCCUGAGCACGCGUUAUGGUUUAGCCACUGACCUAUAUUCCCACCAACAACUCGCUUAGUGAUCACUGAUUGGUGUUGAGAUUCCAUUAUUAUUAUAGAGUAGUAGUGCUGCAACGAUUAAUCGAUUAACUCGAGUAAUUCGAUUAGAAAAAAGAUUCGAAUCAAAUUUUGCUGCUUCAAGUAUUUGUUUAAAUGAAGUGGAGUUGUAAUCGUUUGUUUUGAAAGUGUUUGCGUUAAUUUUAUUGAUAUGGGUGGAUACACUGCCCUCUAGUGGCAACAGUGAGUAUGACAUAACUCAUUUCACAUGGCUGCAUCCAGCUGCUCCCUGUUAAGACCAACAUAAGCUAGAUUUUUGUUUGAGCUAAUGAGAGAAUAUGUGUCUGAAUCAUUUGUCAAGAGAAUUGUAAAAAUAAAAAAAUAAAACUGUUAGCAUUUUAUAGCAUUUAAGCUAGCGGAAUUUUGCUGUAUAAGUUAGCCAAUUGUUCUUCUGUUGUACUUAUAACCUUAUUUAUUAUUUUUUUAUACCAUUUGAGGCUCAGCUCAGGUAUUUUAAAUUUUUAUGUUUCUUAUCCAAUUACUCGAUUAUUCGAACUUAUUAGUUCAUCGAUUAAUCAACUACUAAAAUAAUCGAUAGCUGCAGCUCUGUACAGUAGAACAAAUAAUAUUCACCCUCAGAUCCCUUCACCAUACAUUUAAUGCAUUUGUGCGUGUGUAGUUUGUAGUUUUGCCUGUGCUUGCGUCGUCAAUCAGAUAUUUGACACAAGCAGUGGUUGAAAAAAAUGUACUUUUCCUUUAAUCAAACUCGUGGCCCAGGGACCAGAUUCGUCCGGCCAUGUGAUUUUGUGUGGCCUGCUAAAGUAAAUGAUCUGCAUCGACAUUAUGUUUCUGGCUAAAAUAAUAACUAAAAUGUGAGUCUGUCCUCUCUAAUUGACCUGGUUACCAGUAUGUACUCCACGUCCUGCUUGAUAUUAGAUGGGAAUGGGCUUCCGAUCGCAGCGUAUAAGGACAACCUGUGUAGAGAUUGUGCGGAUGGAUGCACCCGGAAACACAAAAAGCCAUAUUAUGUAAGUCAGGUAGAUUAACGUCUUGAAAUCUUUUUUUUUUUUUCAUUCGUAGAGUUCACAUGAGAUUUAUAGCGUCCUCUGUGUUAUGAAAGUUGGUCACAAUGUUCCAUUAAAUCAAAUCUUAGCAGUAUUUUUGAGGAACUCAUACAUCAGUGACAAUGUUUGUUUCAAAGGUGCCCAAGGGUCAAACGUCCCUUUUUAACUUUGACUUGUUGAUCACCUUCCUCAAGUGUCUAGUUCAUUUUCAAGAAAUAUACGUUGGAAGCACUUAGUGAGGACCCUUCUUCCCCUCUUUCCCAUUUCUCCCUGACGUAGUGCACAUCCUGUUGUUGUGUGACUCCAGUCGCCAGUUGGACACUUGAGAGCCUCUUGGCCCUGUUUCCUUUAUACCCACUGGGCACAGGAGUAAGCAUCCUGCCAGGAAAGCCUGUCAUUCUCAUUUAUGAUAUUAUCUUUUCACAGGUUUCAUGGCAAUUUUAGGAGCUCUCAGGGUACCUUCGUGAGCACUCGUGUAAACAUCCGCAUUUCAUCGGAAAGCAUUUGAAAAUGACCUGUAAUAUUCUUAGUAAUCAUGGAAAAGUUUUAUUCCUCUCGCUUAGUUUUUGUUUUUUUCAUAUGUCAUUAAAUAAUGGUUUGAUUUGAUUUUCUUAUUGUAAAUCAUCAAAUACCAAUAUAUUAGUAACAUUUAUACUUUUACAUUUUAUACAUGUUUUUUCCCAUUAAAUGAUUAGUAUAUUCUUGAUACCAUAUUUUUCCGACUCUAAGGUACAUGAGGCGCACUGAAUUUUAAGGCACAUUAAUGCAUUAGUACACUUAAUUUGUCUUUUUUUAUUUUAAUUUGUAACAUUUUUUAAAUUUAUUUAUAUUCUACUUGAGUAAAUAAACUAAACUGUUAAUUACUAUUACUAAAGAACUAAUUAAACUACUUAAACUACUACUACUUUCAACUAAUUCAAUUAUAAAAUGAUUUAUUGAUAAAUAAAUAUCCUAUGCUGUACUGUAACUCUGUAAGUCGUAAUACUUAAAAAUAUAUAUAGGUUCAAAGUCAUGAAGCAAAACCAGAAUUCAUACAUAAAGUGCAAUGAAUUAAAAGGCGCACUGUCAAUUUUGGAGGGGAAAUAAUAAUAACUUUUAAGUGUACCUUAUUGUCCAAAAAACGCUGCAAUCAAGUUAAUUUGAAAUGUAAGUAGGCCAUUACAGCCGUUUUCUUAAUUAUGAACCAAUUUUUUAAAGGGUAGAAUUAUCCAAAACCAUUCAGGAAUAAUCGUGGCUCGUUAUUUAUCAGUUACUGGUAACUUCGCAGGUGCGUCCUUAAAUGGUCCUGAAACUGAGAAACUGUUACCCCAUAUUGUGAAAAUAGUGCCAUCUAGUGGAAAUUAACAUACAUACAUACAUACAAAAACAGCGGUAAAGCACUAGGAUACAUUCUAGACAGGCCAACAGCCAGUCAAUGUGAUCAAUGUGCAUAGGGACAAUACCUAGGGACAUAACACCACCAACUUUUCAUAAUGCUCACAUUGUCCCCACCAACUUUUAAGCAACCCUAUUUGAAUUAUAUAAUGACUUCAGUUAUGUAGGAAAUUUAGAUUGUGUUCUCAUACGUUGCAAGAAUAGAUUCGACCCUACCAUUAUUAAGUGAAUUAUUUUCAUUAUGUUCAGACUCAUACUUACCCCUUUUCACUUGCUGAAAGUGCCGGUCCAUUUUUUCCCGCCUCAAAUACACGUUUGAUUGGCUGAUAACUAGAACACACAAACACGCACGCUCACACAGCUCCGACAAAAAUACAUGUCAACAUGCCGCCUUCUUCGAAAACGAGGGGUAUGAGAUUUUUUUUUUGUCCAGCCGCAGCAGCAGCCACUGUAAGUAAUGUAAAAAGAUGUCAAUGUUGUGGAAGAGGGGAAUACGCCACCAAUUUUGCUACUGAAAGUCGGACCCGCAUAGGGUUAGCAUAACAUGAAACUGUGUAAACUUGCUAACCUGCAAAACUCGUGUAGAGAGCAGCUUCAAGAUAAUUGUCCUCCGGUACUGUAUGUAUUUUCUACUUUUAAUGUUAAUUCAACUGUGCAUUUAGUGCAUUUAUUCAUUAAUUAAAAAGUAUUUGUUUUAUUUUCUACAUCAUUUAUUUCAAAAUAAUUUUUAUUUGCAGACAUUUUAACACCCCCGCCCAAAAAAAAAAAAAAAAAAAACAACAACAACACACACAAACACAACAACUGUAAUUUUCCUUUAUGUGAAGCAAGGGGGAUUUCCCCCAUUAUUUCCUUUGAAAAUAAGAAUUUUACAUUUUUUAAUUUUUACGUAGGAAACACAUCAACAUAUUCGUGAGAAAGGUAGCCUUGACCCCCGUUCACCCAAUCUGUUUGGUCUUAUUGAUGUCCCGUCCCAAGCAAAAAGUGUAUAUGCAGGUUAUGCUGUUACUAAUUUGAGACCAAACCUAUACCCUUGGUGCACAUAAAAAUUAUAUCACACCUAAGGAUAGUUAAGUGUUAAGAUUUCAUUAAACUAAACAUAUGAACACCAUACAGUCUAUCACAAAAGUGAGUACACCCCUCGCAUUUCUGCAGAUAUUUGAGUAUAUCUUUUCAUGGGACAACACUGACAAAAUGACACUUUGACACAAUGAAAAGUAGUCUGUGAGCAACUUAUAUAAUAGAGUUAAUUUAUUUUCCCCUCAAAAUACCUCAAAAUAUAGCCAUUAAUGUCUAAACCCCUGGCGACAAAAGUGAGUACACCCCUUUGAAAAAACAUACAUUCCUAAAUGUCCAAAUUGAGUACUGCUUGUCAUUUUCGCUCCAAAAUGUCAUGUGACUCGUUACAGGAGGGCUGUCAGCAUUGUUGCAGAGAUUGAAGAGGUGGGGGGUCAGCCUGUUAGUGCUCAGACCAUAUGCCGCACUCUACAUCAAAUUGGUGUGCAUGGCUGUCACCCCAGGAGGAAGCCUCUUCUGAAGACGGUACACAAGAAAGCCCGCAAACAGUUUGCUGAAGACAUGUCAACAAAGCAUAUGGAUUACUGGAACCAUGUCCUAUGGUCUGAUGAGACGAACGGGCUGUCUUGUAGAAUAUGCUAACUAGAACACUGUGCCCGUUUACAAUGUUUUGAGAUGGAAUCUUUUCUGAAAAUGAUUUUUCACAUUUUGUAUCAGUUGUAGCAAUAUUAUGCAACAGAGGCAGGUUAUUUGUGAUUUUUAGCCAUUGUUUUGAUUAGUAAUAUUUCAAUGAAAGCUUUUAAAUAAGAAAGUACAGGAGGUAGGGAGCUGUUCAAGGCUUGAAAAACCUAGAAAAGGUUACAUGGUCAUCACAGAGAUAUAAACUGGGAGUCCAUUAGUGGAUUAUAAACUCUGUGGCCCCUUCAUCUCUCUUGGAUUAACAGGAGAGAAAGUGGGAACGAGGGAGAGAGAGAGUGGGGAAGUGGAGUGCAACUGGAAUUGAGCAGAACCUGUCAGAACUCAUGCACUCUUCGUAUACGUAGACGAAGCAACAUUGGAUCUUCUGAAGUCGUGACAACACACCGAUAUAAUAUCACCUAGUUGCUACGGAAAACUAAUCAAGGAAACAUGGUCGUAGACAUUGAGGGGAUUAUCCGGUGCAUCAGGCACGGGGAUGUGAGCAGCGUUCAUACCCAGCUGCAGGAAUUCAACACUGAGUACGCCCAGUGUUUCUUCUUUGACGCAGAGGAGAGAGACAGGAGGAAAUUUAGGAAGAAUAAAGUAAGGGACAGCACGGAAUCUGACUCUGACUAUGAUGUGAAUGACCAGGAAGACCGAGGUCUACUCCUCAGACAGAGCUUGGCAGCAGUUCUGGUGCGGUUCAUAAGAACAGAAGUUCCAUGUCAUCUGCUGCGAGUCACUCUACGCACCCUACGGAUCCUCUCAAGAGACAAGAGGGUCCUAGGACCUUUGGUGACCGAUGAUGCUCUCCUCACUCUUGCCAAAGCAGCAGGGCUGACCACAAACGAGACCAACGACAAUGCUGUCACCAACUCUGACUCGGAUUUCUACGACAACAUCAUCUCUUCUCUCACUGAAGAUAUCAAAAUACCGCCACGUUGCGGCGACGCAGACGAUGACUCCAACCAAGACCGCUCGACCUUUGAGGACGACGCCAGGAGUGAAGCUUGUAGUGAUCCAGACAGCAUCAGCUUGCCCGGCAGCCACCGGCCCAGCAUUGAUGCCACGCACAGAGGCAGCAUCCAUCAUAAGGAGCUGGAGCGAGGGAGGAAGGACCGCCGAGAGAGCAAAAUGGAGGAUGAUUAUGAAGAGGAUGGAUCAUCUGGGGAUGAGGUGCAGAGGAAGGAGGCUUUGAAGGUGUUGUGUAAUUUAGUGUACAACAGCACAUGGGCGCAAGAAAGGUUUAGCGCCCUCAGGCUCAUAUGCGGCCUUAGAGAGCGUCUCUCCUCCAGCAUCAGUUGCUCACCUCCCUCUAGUGUUCAGUUUUAUGAAUUACGACUCACCUUUCUCGUCACUGCGCUACGACCUGAGCUUAGCACUCAACUUCAGCAGGAAGCAGGUGUCUCCAUACUCUCAGCAGCUUUAGAAGGCUGCUUGGAAGUGCAGUGGAAGGAGCAGUAUGAGUGCACGUUGGACCCCAUGGCGCCCCCUAUUUCUCUGGAGGCCUCUCAGCGCAUCAUUGAGAUCCUCAAAAUCCUUUUCAAUGUCACGCACAGAUCCCACAGGGAGGCACCUACUGAAUCUGAUGCAGCUCUUUACCGCCACCUAGUAGCAAUCCUGCGACUGUGCAUGUUGCGAAAGUGCGAGAUUCCUGAGGACACAGAUGAACUGCAAGGCCACACAGUCAACCUCUUGUCAGCGCUGCCUCUUCAGUGUUUGGAUGUUCUCCUGAUGGUGCCACUGGAGCCUGACUCAGAGCAGUGCCAUGGUGUCAACAUGGCCUGCGUCCAUAACUUGUUGCUAUUCAUGGAGAGACGCCUGGAAUCGGGGGAUAGAGUCAAAGAGAAACUGACGCCAAUCCUCAAUUUGCUCACAGAGAGCUGUAGGGCACACAAGGAAACACGCCACUACAUCAGGGAAUAUAUUUUGCCUCCUCUGAGGGAUGUUUCCCAGAGGCCGGAGGAAGGCUGCACUGUGAAGAGUCGCCUGAUUCGACUCAUGACUCACCUGGACACGGACCUCAAACACUGCGCCGCUGACCUCAUUUUUGUUCUCUGCAAGGAAAAUGUCCGACGUUUCGUCAAGUACACGGGCUAUGGCAACGCGGCAGGGCUCUUGGCCACUAGGGGCCUUUUGGGUGGCUCAACGUCCAGAACCACCUGCAGCGAGACCCUCUACUCCAGUGAUUCGGACUCAGAUACCGAAGAAUACCGUCAGGUUAAAGACCGAGUCAACCCGGUGACGGGGCGAGUGGAAGCGGAGCUGCCGGACCCUAUGGAGGGUAUGACAGAGGAGGAGAAAGAGGAGGAGGCCAAGCGGCUUAUUCGGAUCUUCAACAAGAUGUCCAGGGAUAACAUUAUUCAGCCAAUGGGAGUGGACGCAGACGGGAAGCUGGUCCCGAUGGCAGGACUACGCGAGGACUGCCUCAUUGAAGAGUCGACAUCUGACAACGAUAUGGAUCAAGUUGACAAGAAUCAAUGAAGUCUAUUUUCUCCCUUAAAUAUUAUUUUAUUGUAGUGAGUCUCAAACUGUGCGAGCUGUUGCCGAGAGUGUCUGUUAAGUGGUUGUGAUGUACCAGUACAUAAACCUGACAUCCCUAUAGACCCUACUCACAUGACGUAACUACCACGCCUCCGCGCCAUAUUGUCUGUCAGCUCGUCAGGUUUAAGCAUUACCGCUACGUAAAUUCCUCCUAUUAUGGCGUGUUUUUCUGCUCGUUAACAUUAAUAAUGAAAAUGGUGAAGGCGUGUGUGGCGGUUGGUUGCAAUAACAGAGAAGAUAGACGGAGAGACUUGAAGUUCUACCGUAUUCCGAGAGACCCGGAGAGGAGAGCGAGAUGGACUGCUGCAAUUCAACGAGAAAACUGGGCACCAAACGAUCACCACAGACUGUGUAGUACUCAUUUUAUACCUGGUAAGAUGCAUUUAAUAUAUAUUUAGAGGGUUUUCACACGAGGGUCGCACGGGGUAAUGUUGCUUAGAGUGCUGCUCUUAAAAGUUUUUCAAACUUUUGUGAGAAUAGGCUGAUUUUGUGUGGACAAGAUAGUUGUAGAUAUCAGGGUAGCAGAUGUUAGGCAGAGAGGGCGAAGACAGCGGGUCGAAAAAUAUCGAUUUAGGCAUCAAAUAUGGAUCUGGCGAAUGGAUAGACUGAAGCUUUUCCACAUAACGUCUUUUAUGCAACACAUCCAAUGAGUUUACAGCGUCUGAAAGCACCGGGGCUUCCAUGAAUUGCACUAUAAAUUGCACGACAAAUUGAAACCAUUGAGAAUACGGAUAAACACUGACGAACAAUAUGGCGGCCGGAUACAGUGAUACGUCAUUCUGUGACUUUGGUGAGUAGGGUCUAUAUCCCUAUAAAUAAGUUGGGAGAUCAAGCGGCGUAUUAGCACAGGGUUUAAGUCCUAGCAAUUAAAGAAACUUCACGCUUUCAGUCAUCGCGGAUUUUUUUUCAAUUAAAAAAUAUACAUACAGAUGAGCUGUCCCGACCAGCCUCAUGCUCGCUCCCUCCCUCUUCAUGCUCUUUGUUCGUCAGCCCGUGCACUGGAGUUGCUCAUUAAAAGUUAACGAUGUUUUUUGGUUUGAGCUUUCCAGAGCCGCAGACUUCAAAGCGCCGCAUGCAUCAAUCAUCGUUUAACUUGUUGAAGAUUUGCUGUGGCAACUCAUUGUGUGUAAGGGAGCAGUUUGAGUGGACUCACUCAAUGAAGCAUUUAAUAAAGCCAAGCAUUUUUCUUUU